AUGUUAAAAUUUUCAGUGAUUUUUGCUACCUGCAAAGAGGAUUUAAAAGUUCAUCCUUUUCUUGAGAGCUCCAUGUUAAAAUUUGCAGUGGUUUUUGCUACUUGCAAAGAGGAUUUAAAAGUCCAUCCCGUUCUUGAGAGCUCCAUGUUAAAAUUUUCAGUGAUUUUUGCUACCUGCAAAGAGGAUUUAAAAGUCCAUCUCGUUCUUGAGAGCUCCAUGUUAAAAAUUGCAGUGAUUUUUGCUGCCUGCAAAGAGGAUUUAAAAGUUCAUCCCAUUCUUGAGAGCUCCAUGUUAAAAUUUUCAGUGGUUUUUGCUACCUGCAAAGAGGAUUUAAAAGUUCAUCCUGUUCUUGAGAGCUCCAUGUUAAAAUUUUCAGCGAUUUUUGCUACUUGCAAAGAGGAUUUAAAAGUUCAUCCUGUUCUUGAGAGCUCCAUGUUAAAAUUUUCAGUGAUUUUUGCUACCUGCAAAGAGGAUUUAAAAGUCCAUCCCGUUCCUAACAAAGCAAAACCAAACCUCACGCUCAGGGCGCAGCAGCCGCAGGGCCCCUCGGCGUCCACCCAAAGGCGGGAAGAGCCGAAGGCGAACCCUCGCCGGCCCCCAGCAGCCUCAAGACCACAGGGAGCGGCCGGCGAAGCGCGGAGCAGCCGCGCCCCGGAGGCAGUCAGCCGAGCGCCCACCCGCCGCCGCCGGCCCCCGGGCAGGAAGCGGGGAGCGCUUCCGGGUCGCCGCCCGUGCGCAGCGGGGCUCCGGAGCGCCUUCGAUAUGGACAGCAGGAAAGACGAAAAAACUAGGACGGUCUGUGCAACUUCACGAGAAGAGCUGAAAGCCCAAGGGAAAGAGAAAAGGAAGCGGAAACGCAGUAGAAGCAGAUCUUCAUCCAUUUCAUCCUCAUCGUCUUCUAGUACCACAUCCUCUUCUUCCUCCUCAUCACGCUCAUCAUCAAGAUCAUCUUCCUCAAGCAGCAGAGAUUCUCCUAAGUCUAAAUCAAAGAAGAAGAAAAAAGAAAAACAUGCCAAAAAGAAAAGGAAAAAAGACAACAAAAUGAAGAAGAAAGAAAAGAAGAAAAAAAGAGAGAAGACAGGGCCUGUCAAGCUUUCCAAGUUCUUUAAAAACAAAAAGAAGAAUGAAAACUACAGCAUGAUAACUGGAAAGAAAAUUAAGAUGAGAAUAAAGAAGACCAAGAAGGACAAAGAGAGAGACCGGAACCGUGCAGAGCUCCUGGAGUUUCUGAACUCUGCCUUAUAAUGGGAAGAGUGCUGACUAAGGACCUGUAAAUACCCCAAGCCAACGAUCAUCAUGCCUAGCAAAACACUAAGGGGAAACUCAGGGAAAAGGACACCAAGUUUGACAGAACCAGACUCUCCUGCUGAGAAGACAAUCGAGAUGUCCUUACUGAUUGCAAAAGGAAGAGUAACUGGUAACUUGUUAAAGAAAAUCCAUGUCCUCCUUUUGAGAUCCUAAGGUAAUAGCCAGGCUAUGGUGUUCUGGAAGAGCCUAAGAGUGUGUUGUUGAUGAUGAUGAGAAAUGACACGCUGAAGUCCAGUAUUUCUAUCCAAACUGCAUGCAGGACACACUCUUAGCUUCAAAUGUCUUAACGUUUCUAGUAGUUUAAGCAAAGCAGAGCAUUUGUAAAUGUCUAUUUGAGAGAUGAGGCAUUUCUAUGUCUGUUUUUUUCUGGUAGUGGUUUUACUUGUCCUAACAAACAAGUUGAUCUACAUAAAUAGAACGUGCUUUUACAGAAA